CGCCAGGCAACCAACCGCGACCCGCUCCUCAAUCCACCGCAACCGCAGCGACCCAACAUCGUCUCCUCCGACGCCGGCGGUUUCGAGCGAGAGGUUUUGCCCAUGGAUCGGUACCAGAGGGUGGAGAAGCCGCGGGAGGAGGCGGCCAUCGGCGCCAACGAGAUCCGCAUCACCGCGCAGGGACGCACCCGCAACUACAUCACCUACGCCCUCGCCCUGCUCCAGGAUGAGGCCACAGAGGAAAUUGUCAUCAAGGCUAUGGGGAGGGCUAUCAACAAGACGGUGGCCAUUGUAGAGCUUCUCAAGAGAAGGAUCGUUGGGCUCCACCAGAAUAACUCCAUCGAGUCAAUUGAUAUCACCGACACCUGGGAACCGUUGGAAGAAGGCCUUAACAUCCUUGAGACUACUCGCCAUGUCUCCUUGAUUACCAUUACCUUGUCGAAGAAGGAGCUGGAUACGUCGUCUCCUGGUUACCAGCCACCGAUACCUGCUGAUCAGGUCAGGCCACCAACUGACUUGGAUCAGGAUGCAGAGGACUUACCAAGUGGCCGUGGAAGAGGACGUGGCCGCCGAGGAAGGGGCAGAGGAAGAGGAUUUAGCAAUGGAGGGGCAGAAUAUGAUGAUGAGAAUGCUGACUUUGAGGGUCCCCGGGGAUAUCGUGGCAGGGGGAGAGGAAGGGGUAGGCGGGGAUCCUUUGGGCCUGGAAGGGGUUAUGGUGGUGAUGGCUAUGUAAAUGAAGAAGCUGGUGGUUAUUAUGGUGGGGAGUAUAACGCACCUCCUCCGCAAGGAUAUUAUGAAGGUGAUAGGGAAAGGGGCCGAGGUCGGGGCAGAGGCCGUGGUCGUGGACGUGGUGGGGGUCGUGGCCGUGGACCUCCUCCUCAAGGACCUCCUCAAGAGUAGAUUGGCUGGCCCAUCAGCUAUGGAAUGCGACAAGUCAUCUUUGCUAGUAGAUUAAUGCUAUCUUCUGUUGUAACUUUAUCUGGUUAGGUUUAUGUUUAAAGUUGACAGAGGGAACUCCAGUGUGGGGGAUGUGGCUAGUUAUGAUUUUGUAGCUAGGUUUUUCUUCCAUUUGUUUUAUUAUCAGACCUGGUAUCAUUCCAACUGUGCAUUGUAGCAUCUUUAAUGUGUUAAUCGUCAAAUCUAGCCCAGAAGAUUCUUUUAUGA